AUGGCCAACACUAAGCUCAAGGCCUUCCUGGACGGAGCCCACAUCGCACCAGAAGUCUUCAGUCUUCGACCUGACUAUCGAUGCCUCUUGAUUGCCCUAGAGAAUGUUCCGACCGGAUCUAGCGACGACGCCAGCGAAGCGCUGCUCCAAGAAGCUGAAUCUACCGCGAAAGCCACUCUCGCCAAAACCCCAGUCACAGACAUUCCACAUGUCGCCGCCUGGAGACAAGCCUAUAAGCAAUUCGGCUCAAAGCCCAAAUUCCGGAACAGUCUUGAAGCACUCACUCGACGUGUGGAUGCUGGGCUGCCGCGAGUGAAUCGCCUCACAGACACUUAUAAUGCGAUCAGUGUCAAGCACCAGAUCCCGCUCGGCGGUGAGGAUCUCGCCAAGUAUGACGGCUCUCCAUUCUUGAAGCGUGCGAAAGGGGAUGAGAAGUUUGAGACGAAGGAGGGUGGUGAGCCGGUUGUUGAACAUCCGGAUGUUGGGGAGGUUGUUUGGUGUGAUGACGCUGGAGUUACUUGUCGAAGGUGGAAUUGGCGACAGUGCACGAGGACUGCUUUGACGGCUGAUACGACAAGCGUGUUGAUUAUUAUGGAUGCGCUGGAUCCUUUCUCAAACGAAGCUUUGAAUGCCGCAGCAGAUGAACUGGUGACAGCUUUGUCCCAAGGUUCUGCGGAAGUGCUGGUGGAGAGGCGACUGCUCGGGCCGUCGUCAAGUUAA